CCUGGCGUCUUAAUACGCGGCGAGCGUUGGUGGAAACGACACAGAGAUGUUCUCGAGGUGCAUGGGUAUCGAUUGCGGGCCCGGUACGAGGAUGAUUGGGUACCGUCUUGGAAGAAAUCAGGAAAGUUCUACGAUGAAGCUGAAGAUGGGCAG